CGAUGAUCGAGCCAACCAUUGACAACUCUAUAUAUAAAUAAUGUAAAAUGCGUGCGGGGUUUAGUUUAGUAGUUUUGUUAUCGGAAAUGAAUGUCAAUCUUCAUCUUCACAAGCUAUCGAAUAUUCGGUGGUGUUUACAGAAAAAACGAAGGUUAACAACAAUCAACCAUAACUUGAUCUAUACCGUGUUUCGCAAUAAGACUUUUUGUUUUAGAAAAAAAAGAAGACUUUAAAUAUCGCAAAAAGACCCACGUAUUCAGCGCAAACAUUAUGUUUAUAUAAGUAUGCUAAUCUAUUAGCCGGUAUGGAUGUUAAACAUGCCUUAUAUCCCAUAAUUAAUCAGAAAUUUUCCGAACUGUAUUUAUCUCGAGUACCUACACAUUAUAAUGAGCACAGCUUUCAGCAAACUCACGGAGUAACUGAUAAGUUCUAUGACUUUAAUGUGUCGUUAAUGAAAAAACUUAAAAAUAAUUUGGAAGCCGCUGAAAAGUUUUAUGAAUCAGAAGCUACCAAACAUAGAGACGACGGUUUUGUUUUCUACUGUAGAAGUUGUGCGAAGUAAUUUGACAAAUA